CCUGUCAAAAUGAAUGUCCGGUGGUACCUGGUCUGGUCUCUCGGCUGUGUACUUUGCCUCGAGUUAUUUGUGAAAAGUGUCCAUUCGUCCGGCGUCAGAUUUAAGCGAAACGAAGGGCGGAAAAAACAAGCGUUCGCGAGGAAAAUGCGACAAACGAAAAAGUUAAAAGAAGCGAAUAGUGGGAGAUACUAUCGGCAGAACUCUUUAAUUCCACCAGUUGGUGAUAAAAGCGUGUAUCCGUACAUGUUGAUGCUAUGUCCGUUGGAUGAAGAAAAAAACGAUUUUGUGGCAAAGUUCAUGGAACAGAGUAUGCCAAAUAUGCCUACAGUUGAACCUGAGACUACAGAGAGCACGACAACCACCACGGAGUCCACAACAACAACCACAACCACUACCACAGAGGCUUCAACUACUACCACUACUACUACUACCUCAACACCAGAUACGACGACGGAGAUGCGAACGAUUCAUCUCACAACAAAACAAAAAUCCGGAUUCAGAUCGAGCAUACCGAAACUAGACGAUUCAGACGAUGCCAUCAAAACACCCUCAGCAGGACUAAUGGCAGGCCUCUUCAAAUCUGUGAGCAUAAACCCGCCCAGCAACAUUAUACGAAAGGUACUGUUCCCGCUGGGAAUCAAUAUGAUGCAACAAAAACUUCCAAACAUUCUCGAGAGGUCAGCUAACCGAUUACAGAAGGUUGGCACAUUGAUCAAAUCAUUAGGAAAUCUUUCGGGAACGAAAUCAUUGAGUGGUUUCAAAAGUAUUAACACAUUUUUUGAUAAGAGUAAGGAAUUAACGGGUACUGAAUGUAUAAAAAUGAAAAAACCUGAAGCAGUUCACAUAUUUAUGUGAGUUGAAUU